AUGGACACCGAAAUCGAUUCGGAAAAUCUGAUUGCUCUCGUUUUGACGAGAAAAGCGCUGUGGGACAAAACAUUGAAACAGUACCGGAACCGGUUGAUGGUCGAUAAGCUUUGGCGACAAGUUUCCUGUGAGCUGGGAGGAGAGGCAACAACGGAUGCAGUGAAGAAAAGAUGGAAAAAUCUCCGGACCUCGUUUGCGAAAGAGAUGAAGAAGAUUCCGGAAGGAAGAUCUGGUGACGCAGGACCAUCGAACUAUGGAACAUAUACAUCCUGGCCCUUUUUCGAGUCGAUGCUUUUCUUGAAGGAUCAAGUAAAACCACGCAAGUCCGGCAGCAACCUUUCGGCUGGUGGUGGUGGCAAUGAAAACGAUGUGGAUGAUGAGGACCUCCACGAAAGCGUAUCAGAAACCAUACCUGAAGAGCCAACCGAUAAUGCAGAUGCAUAUGAAGUCGCUCCUGCAGCUGAAAUAAUUCCUCAUCCGAACCCACAACCACGAAACAGAGCUGGUAAGCGAGGUGUUCAACAGCAGCUGAUUGACAUUGAAGCCCGGAAAUUGAGACUACUGGAAAAAAAGGCUAAUAAGUCUAGUGCUUGUGACGACGAUGAGGAUGAAGCAUUCUUCAAAAGCCUCCUGCCACAUGUGAAAAAGCUGAAGCCAAGAGAAAAACUGGAAUUUCGAAUGGAGAUGCAAAGUCUCGUACACAAGCUUGUCUACAAGGACAACAGAACCCAGGAUGAUCCGAAUGUGUACAACAUUCAAAGUUCUACGCCGUUGCAGAGCCAUGCACCAUUUGCUGAGUUUGAAAUGAACGCAUCACAGACAUCUUGUUCACAUCAAU